GUUUUACACAGAUUUUCAAAAACCCUUUACAGCUCUCUACUCUACUACUCGCUUCCUAUGUCGCGUUUGGUUUCUGGGAAAAUUAAAUUUUCCUGGAAAUGUUAUGGAGAUUUUAUAGGUGGAGUUUGCUACACCCAACCCCAAAUCGCCUCUUCAUCGCUUCAGUUCUGCCACUUCGUUUUCUCUCCUCGGCAACGGUAUGUGUACCUAACCCAACUACCCAGAGUAAAAAAUUCCUGGAAAAUCAACAUUUUCCGGAGAAAAACAAUCCCUUUAUCACUCUCACUCAUCAGAUUGUACAUUCCACCUUACUGAACUGUACUUCUGAUUUGAUUGCAUUGAGCUUCUUCUUAUGGUGUGCUAAGCAACCCAGCUACUUUCAUAAUACGACUGCGUUUGACCACAUGGUUGCUGUGGUUAACCGCCUUAUGCAUCGGUAUGAAACUGUUGGAGGGGUUGUUAGGGGAUUAGAGAGUAUUGGGUGUGUUACAAAGGCACAAACUUUUUUGCUUUUGUUGAGGAUUUAUUGGCGUGGAGGAAUGUAUGACAUGGUUUUUGAGGCUUUUGAGCAAAUGGGUUGCUUUGGUUUUAAGCCUAACACGUUUGCACGUAAUGUAAUUAUGGAUGUAUUGUUCAAGAUUGGGCGUGUCGAUGUAGCCAUUAAGGUUUUGAAGGAGACCCAGUUGCCUAACUUUUUGACAUUUAAUAUUGCAUUGUGUAAUUUGUGUAAGUUGAAUGAUUUGGUUCGCGUUUGGGAGGUUUUUAGAAUGAUGUUGGGAAUGGGGUAUUACCCGAAUGUUGAGACAUUUGAGAUGGUGUUGAAUUGUUUUUGCAAGUUGAGUAAGCUAGUGGAGGCAUAUCAAGUGUUGGGUCGAAUGGUUACUUUGGGCAUUCCAAUAUCUGUGAAUGUUUGGAGUAUACUCAUUGAUGGGUUUUGCCGGUUGCAUAGAAUUGAUAUUGCGUGUAGUUUAUUGGAGAAGAUGGGUAAGACUGGUUGUUCUCCUAAUGUUGUAACAUAUACUACUUUAAUUAAGGGACUUAUGGAAACAAAAAUGGUUGGUGAUGCAUUCCAUGUUUUAAAUAUCAUGAAAUCCAAAGGGUAUGCCCCUGACUUGGUUCUUUGUAAUGUAUUAAUAGAUUGUUUCUCCAAGAUUGGAAGGUAUGAUGAUGCGCUUGAUGUUUUUGUAAAUUUAGAAACUCAAAAAGUGGCACCUGAUUCUUAUACAUUCUGUUCUCUGUUAUCUACCAUAUGUUUGUCUAAGAGGUUUUCUCUCUUACCCAAGUUUGUCCAUGGACUUGUCAUAGAAGCAGACUUAGUAGUUGGUAAUGCACUUCUUAGUUAUUUUUGUAAAGCAGGGUUUCCAAAUCUUGCUGUUGAGUUAUAUAAUGAUAUGCUUGAUAGAGGUUUUACACCAGAUAAAUAUAGUUUUGUUGGAUUACUAAGUGGUCUAUGUGGGGCCAGAAGAAUUGAUGAAGCAAUUAAUGUUUACCAUGGGAUCAUUGUGAAUUAUCCUGAUCAGGAUGCUUACAUCCAUACUGUAAUUACAGAUGGACUUAUAAAGGCUGGUAAACUUUAUAAAGCCAUUAGAGUAUUUAGGAAAGCAGUUGUAGAGAAGUAUCCACUCGAUGCUGUAUCAUACACAGUUGCUAUCCAUGGACUUCUUAAGAGUGGUAGAACUGGAGAGGCUUGCACCCUGUAUAACCAGAUGAAGGAGGCCAGUGUAAUUCCCAAUGCACGCACAUAUAAUGUAAUACUCUAUAUUUCUUGUAGAGAAAGAGAUCUUAAAAUGGUGAUACAGUUGCUACAAGAGAUGAUUGAUGCAAGGGUAGAACUGAGCUGCAAUAAUUACUUUAGGUUAUGUAAUUUUCUUUGUAGAUCACACAAUUCUAAUUCAGCUGUUAAUCUCUUAAUUGAGAUGAGAGAUCUCGGGUUGAUACCAGCUAAGGCAAUCUGUGCCCCUUUGUCUGAAGAACAUGUCCCAGGUCUGAAAGUAGAUGGUGAGAGCUUAUUGCUCUUAAAAGGUUAUAUGGAAAAUGACCCAUUUGUGGGCACAUCUGUCUCUGAGGACCUUUCUGACAUGGCUGCUUCAGUGGGUUGAGAUUGAACUGAUGGUACGGGUUCUUUUCUCUAUAAUUCAGAGAUUCAUCUGUAUUUUUGUAAGGUAUCCUGAAGGUAAUAUUGUUAUCUAUUGAGGAGAUCAGGCUAUGCCACUAAGCUACAAAUCUCUUGGCAGACAUCUUGAAGAUUGAUGCUAAUAUUGAAGGAUGAGAUUGCAAGGAUGGUUGAGCUUUUUCCAGGAUAUAUCCUUUAAACACUGGCUUGAUGGAGAUGGUGGAAGUACCUCAACAAAGGUUUUGUGUUGUAGUGCUCCAGUUAUGAUGUAGGAAGAGGCUCCUCAAGUUCUGCCUAGUUUGAGUUAAAUAAUUGAAGGACGGUUCUCAGUUGAUAAAGAUGUGGAUUUGCUUUACUUAAAUGGAAGGGAAACCAAUAAAAAAAACAAAAAACAAAAAAAGAGGAGAAAAUCAUUUGUUUACUAUCCCUUCUUUAGUGUAAGAAGUGAAGCUUGGAUGGCAUCAUGUCAGUUAAUAAGUAUUUUAAAGGGAAACAUUGUUGUUAAUGUAGUGAAUUUAGUCUGUUAACCCCUUUUGAUGUUCCUGUUAAUCAAGCAUCCAUCAUGAAAAUCCCUCUGUUUCAUCAUUUAGACACUAAACUUUACUGUUCAGUUAUGCCGUAAAACUGUUGUUCUUUGUUUAUUCAGAUUAUCAUCUAGCAUCUACCGAGAACCCUUUCUACUUGACUAAAAUGCUCCACCAGGGAAAAAAUGAUGACAUGAAACCCUUUUAGUAGCAAGUGAUUGCAUGAGAUAUCGUUGCUAAACAACAAUUCAGCAUUUUAAGACAGGAAUGAAAAAAGAUGAGAAUUGUGCAAGAGUUGGGCACUUAUUUUAUUUUAUUUUUAAAGCCUAUAGUUUUUGAGUGGGCACCACAUUAGCACAUAACAUGAGAAACUAAUCACCACCACCAAAACAGGUGGUUUUCUUAUUCCUAAACCUGUAGGAAUCUACUGAAAAACGCAAAAAUUCCAAUGUAGCCCACCCCAGUCAGCUUCUUCUUCAAGUUUCUGAGCUGAUAGAGCAGUGCAGCAUUGCUGUUGGUGUCAUGUGUUGCUAUUGCCUGAUGUACUCUACCCCUGCUGCCACUAUUUUCUCACUGUCUUUCAAUCUGAUACCCUCUCUCUCUCAAUAUUAUUUAUGGUUUUUUUCUAAAAUUAUGUCAUUAUGAAUCUGCUAUUUGCUUUGAUUUGUAGACUUGCUUAACAAGGACUGAAGUUCACCAUCAACAUGUAGGCAUGUACAGCUACAUGGAAAUGGAGAAGAGAAGGGAAGCCUUGUCUUUCAAUUUUUUGGUUUUGGUUUUGCUCUUGAAAGCGGGGUUCAUGAGACUACCUCUGUGAAAAUGGAAAUUAUGGGAUCUAGAUCUGUUGUAUGAAUAUGAUUUGAAGGAAGUCAAGGGAUUAUUUCUUUUGAGUUAUGGACAAGGUACUAUGUGAUGACUGGUGGAAAGGUGACAGCGUAAUUAGUGGUGGUGCUGACUCAAAGCUCUGCAUUUCUUCUGGAAUUUCUGUGCUGUGAGGUAAAAGCUGUUAUUCAUAUCGCGAUAAUUGAAUUAUGGACUUACAAUUGUAAAAGCCAUUCUUUUCCAAGCCUGUAUAUUUUGAUAUUGUCUGCUCUCUCCACUCUUCACACCUUCCUCUUCCAGUGUCAGUCUCAUCUCAACUGCAGCGAUAAUCUGAUGUGGUCCAGUCAGUGCAAAGUUCAGUACUUGCAUUAAAAGGAAAAAAAAAAAAAGUAGAGAGGAAUUUAAUCAAUCACCAAGAGUAUGAAGCACAUGGAUAAACAGGAGAACAUAGGGUUGCCCAGGGUUAAAGAGGCAAGGCUUUAUAUGUACCAUAUAAAUUUUGACUGAAUUUUGAAUUUCCGCUAAGGUGGCAAAAUAUGAUUUUUUAGACUUACCCACAUUUUUGUUGUGACCACUAACUAGAGUGGUAUGUAAGGUUUAGUACUGGAAAAAUGGGAUUCGGUUGCCUUUUGUUUAAAUGGUUUGUUCCAUUGGGUAGUUUCAUUUGCUACCUUCCUUUGUGUAUGGCAUUUUAGGUACUACUGUUGAUUAUGGAUGCAAAUUUUUGUUGUU